UGUUGGAUCGGAAACCCUCUCCAUUAAGCGCCAUGGCUUUGCAGCACAGCAAGUCAAAAUCCUGAAUUUAAGAGCAAAGGGAAAAGAAAGCGGCAAAGACGCAUUCUCGCUCUCGCUGAGCAGCAACAAAGCGGCCAAUGGCUGCGCGCGCAUGUGAAUGCGCUUGCCAUCAGUAACCGACCCCAUCGCUUUCCUCUUCUUCCUCCUCGUCCUCUUCUUCUGCUUUCGUACAAUCCUUCAGCAAUCUAAUUCUCCCUUCUUCUUCGCCGGUCCCAGUCCGGAGAUUUCGAGGGGGCCCAGGGCCAAUCUCCUCUCUUCUCCGGUCAAAUCUCCAAUUUAUAUAUAAACUAAUUGCCGGCGGACUUUCGGAGAUUUCUCUUCUCUCUGGCUACAGCUUCACAAUUUUGGAGUUUUGCCCCCCCUUCCUUCAUGCAUAUAAUAGUCCUGCUAGGGUUUGGGGAGAAAUUAGCCAGAACAGUAUGGUCCGAGCAGUGAUUACCUGGCCCCAUGGAGGUCGCCGAGUUUCCCUCUCUUUUUGCAACACCGGCUGGAGUGACAGGAUCGAGAUGAGUCUGUUGGAGGGUUCUUCCAUGAUUUUCCAAGCAAUCUGUGAUCUUCCUCCGGGUUACCAUCAGUAUAAAUUCUUGGUCGAUGGUUUAUGGCGUUUCGAUGAUCAACAGCUGUAUGUUCAGGAUGAGUAUGGAGGAAUUAACAAUGUUAUUUUCGUAAAGACGCCAGAACUCAUCUCUUUGAGCUUACAUGGUGAAGCCUUUACUCCAACCAUGGACAUAGAUAAUAUCAGGCAUGUUCAGGACAGGGCUUCGUCAUCGGGCCUCACAUAUUCAGAACCAGAGUUGCACUUGUUGGAUAAUGGCAUAGAGAUUUCUCGCCGUCGCUUAUGCAUGCAUUUGUCAAGUCACACAAUAUAUGAGUUGAUUCCCAACUCCAGCAAGGUGUUUGCAUUUGAUGUUGAAGUGACUGUCAAAUAUGCAUUCCAUGCCAUGUACAAACAGGGACUUGCCAUUGUGCCAAUCUGGGAUGAAAAUCUCCAACGGAUUUCAGGGAUGCUGACUGCUUCUGACCUAAUUUUGAUACUAAUACAGCUUCAUAAAAAUCUUGCAGUGCUGCCCGAUGAACAGCUGGAAGCUCAUACUAUUUCUGCUUGGAAAGCAGGGAAAUCCCAACUUUAUGGAAAAGCAAAUGGGGCUUCACAAUUAAUGUUUCAAAGGCCUUUAAUACAAGCUGAUCCAGAUGAAUCUCUAAAAGACGUGGCUCUGAGGAUUCUGCAGAAUAAGAUAUCCAUGGUUCCCGUUAUACACUCAUUAGACGGAUCUUCUCCACAGUUAUUACAUAUGGCAUGCCUCAGUGGAAUAUUAAAAUAUGUAUGCAGGCACUUCAGAAACCGACUUGAUUAUGUGCCUCUCCUGCAGCAACCAGUUGGUAUCUUCCCCUUGGGUACAUGGAUUAGUGGAGGAGGAGCACGUGACCGUCUGUUAGCAUUGCAUUCCAGUGAAUCUCUUAGUUGUGCCCUUAAUAUAUUGAUAGAGGCACAAGUAAGUUCGAUACCUAUUGUUGAUGAUCGAGGUUUCCUCAUAAAUGUUUAUUCCAAAAGUGAUAUCACCUCUUUACUAAAGGAUGACACAUAUGCUCGUAUUCAGCUUGAUCAGACAACACUGUCUCAAGCAUUGGAGCUGGUAGAUGGUCAUAGAUAUCAAACUUGUACUCGGUCCGAUCCCUUGUACGUGGUUAUGGAGCGCCUUUCGGAUCCAGCGGUGAGGCGCCUUAUUGUGGUCGAGGCUGGUACGCGGCUGGUAGAAGGCAUAAUCACAUUAAGUGAUGUAUUUAACUUUAUUUUUGGCUAAUUUUCUUUGUAAAUUCCUUCUCCAUCAUUCAGAUUUUGAUCUCCAACAAUUCAUAAAUUUUCCAAUAGUAACCCUUUAACAUAAUAUUUGGGGUAUUUUUAG